AUUUUCGAAGUCAUCAAGAAAAACGUCCCAAAGGCAGCACAGUCUGUCACACCCUCGAAGUUUUUGCAAAAUUCGGCGAUAAAUUUCGCUUUAAAGUAAUUCAAAAUAUUUCUGAACUGUGGAGAAAAAUCGGUGGUACACAGAAAAAGUGAAGCUCCGUGAAAAUAAGUGAUUUUUGGGAGGGAAAAAGUGAAUUAAAAAUUUGUGUUUUGGGCUUCUUAGUUUUCUUUCCUUUGCUGGAAAACUGGAUUGCAGACCUUUGUGGCGAAAUUCGAUACGGGGCUGGGUGUCAGUGUGUUGGUGAUUUGUUUACCAAACAGUCGACUUUUGACCACUGACUGGAUCGAUCCACUUCAUCGGUUAGGGGCGAGAAUCAUUGCGAUUUGGUGACUCAUCAUCUAGACAGGGAAGCAAAAUGGGCACUCUGUCGGAUUUCGGUCAAGUGGCCCUGAAAUGGGAUCCGAAAAAUCUCGAAAUUCGCACGAUGUCCGUGGAGAAAACGCUGGAACCGCUGGUGCUGCAGGUGACGACCCUGGUCAAUACCAAGGGCCCCAGCAAAAAGAAGAAAGGAAAAUCAAAACGCGCCAGUGCGUUGGUAGCUGCCGUCGAAAAGGCAACGGAUAUAUUCAUCGAACGUGGCGAGCAAAUCGCUUACGAAAAUCCCGAUAUUACACAAGAAAUGCUGUCGGCGGUGGACGAGGUUCGCAAGACCGGCUCGGCGAUGAGUAUUGCAGCUCGCGAAUUUUCCGAAGAUCCGUGCAGUUCAUUGAAGAGAGGCAAUAUGGUUCGAGCGGCGAGGAAUCUGCUGUCGGCGGUCACACGUUUGUUGAUUCUCGCUGACAUGGUUGAUGUGCACUUGCUGUUGAAAUCGCUGCAUGUUGUGGAGGACGAUCUCGAUAAGUUGCGGAAUGCUUCCUCACAGGACGAGCUAAUGAAUAAUAUGCGCCAGUUCGGAAGAAACGCAAACGAGCUUAUCAAACAGGCCGCCAAGAGACAGCAGGAGUUGAAGGACCCUCAACUGCGAGAUGAUUUAGCAGCAGCUCGGGCCGUUCUGAAGAAGCAUUCGACUAUGCUGUUGACUGCAUCCAAGGUUUAUGUUCGUCAUCCGGAGCUGGAUCUGGCCAAGGUCAAUCGGGACCAUAUCUUGAAACAAGUCUGUGAAGCAGUGAAUACGAUCAGUGACGUCGCCCAGGGAAAGGCCACUUCACCACAGGAUAUUUACGUCGGCGCCGGAGAAUUGGCUGCAGCUUUGGAUGAUUUUGAUGAAGGAAUCAUUAUGGAUCCGUUGGCGUACAACGAGGUUCGUUCGCGGCCAUCAUUGGAGGAACGAUUGGAGAGUAUUAUCAGCGCUGCCGCACUGAUGGCCGACGCAGAUUGUACCAGAGAUGAGCGGCGGGAAAGAAUUGUCGCGGAAUGCAAUGCGGUUCGUCAGGCGCUGCAGGAUUUGCUUUCGGAAUACAUGUCAAAUAUGGGAACUAAGGAACGUACGCCGGAGUUGGAGCGCGCCAUCGGUCAAAUGUAUCGCAAGACAAAGGAUCUGCGACGGCAGUUGCGUAAGGCAGUUGUUGAUCAUGUUUCGGAUUCGUUUUUGGAAACUAACAUGCCGUUACUGGAUUUGAUCGACGCGGCUCGUUCAGGAAACGAGAAAAAGGUGCAUGAGCGCGCCGAAACGUUUACGAAACAUGCCGAAAAGUUGGUUGAGGUGGCCAACUUAGUGUGCAGCAUGUCGAACAAUGAGGAUGGGGUGAAAAUGGUCCGCUAUGCGGCAGCUCAAAUUGAGACUUUGUGUCCGCAAGUUAUCAACGCCGCCUUGAUCUUGUGCGCAAGGCCCAAUUCGAAGGUCGCUCAGGAAAACAUGGAAGCUUAUCGGCAAGCCUGGGAAAACCAAGUCCGUAUUUUGACAGAAGCGGUCGAUGAUAUCACUACGAUUGACGACUUUUUGGCUGUGUCGGAGAAUCACAUCUUGGAGGAUGUGAACAAGUGCGUUCUGGCGCUGCAGGAAGGGGAUGCAUUAGACUUACGAAACACGGCCGGUGCCAUCCAGGGACGGUCGGCUCGUGUUUGCAACGUCGUCGAAGCGGAAAUGGAUAAUUACGAACCGUGCAUCUACACCAAGCGGGUACUAGAGGCGGUUAAAGUCCUGCGGGAUCAGGUCAUGUCCAAGUUUGCACAGCGCGUGGACGUAGCUGUCGAUGCGUUGUCUUCCAACUCGGCUAAAGAUGUGGAUGAGAACGAUUUUAUCGACGCCAGCCGGCUGGUGUACGACGGAGUGCGGGAAAUUCGACGAGCUGUGCUCAUGAACAGGAGCUCCGACGAGCUGGACACCGAUACCGAGUUUGAACCCGUCGAAGACAUGACCGUAGAAACCAGAAGUAGAUCGAGCGCACACACUGGUGAUCAGACUAUCGAUGAGUAUCCGGACAUCAGCGGAAUCACGACUGCAAGAGAAGCUAUGCGAAAAAUGAACGAAGAAGACAAACAGAAGAUUAUGCAGCAGGUGGAGUUGUUCCGUCGCGAGAAGUUGACGUUCGACUCCGAAGUGGCCAAGUGGGACGACACAGGAAACGAUAUCAUCUACCUGGCAAAGCACAUGUGUAUGAUCAUGAUGGAAAUGACGGACUUUACACGCGGUCGUGGUCCACUGAAGACCACCAUGGAUGUCAUCAACGCGGCCAAAAAGAUCUCCGAGGCGGGUACCAAGCUGGAUAAGCUGACGCGGGAGAUCGCCGAUCAGUGCCCGGAGAGUUCCACCAAGAAGGAUCUGUUGGCGUACCUGCAGCGCAUCGCACUCUACUGCCACCAGAUACAAAUCACCUCAAAGGUCAAAGCCGACGUACAGAACAUCAGCGGUGAGCUGAUUGUAUCAGGGGUAAUUCUGGACAGUGCCACUUCGCUUAUCCAAGCGGCUAAGAAUCUGAUGAACGCCGUGGUAUACACGGUGAAGUACUCCUACGUUGCGUCUACCAAAUAUACUCGCCAGGGAACCGUUUCGUCGCCGAUUGUGGUUUGGAAGAUGAAAGCCCCCGAGAAGAAACCGCUGGUACGCCCGGAGAAACCCGAGGAGGUGCGUGCCAAGGUGCGACGAGCUUCGCAGAAGAAGGCCCAGAAUCCGGUACACGCCCUUUCGGAGUUCCAGAGCCCAACGGACGCAGUUUAAGCAUCGCUGUCGUCGACGACGUAAUAUGUAAAAGGUAAAAUCCUAUCGCAAUCUAAAUCUCCUCAAUUCCUGUGACUGUUAGAUUGGGUGGCAGCAGACGUUAGUUUGGCUGUCUCAUUAGUAUGUCUGGCCGAAGUGUAGAUGAUUACUGCAACAGUUGCAACUCUAGACCGAAAAGACACUUCUGGAUACAGCAGCCUAUUCAAUAGUGAUUUUGUAUGAGUUUACACAUCUACGUUUUUUGCACUGCUAUCGGCAAAGGGAAAAGUCAUAUAGAAUAGAAAUUUAUUCCAAAAAAAUGUUUUUAUUAUUUAUAUUUAUGUCAUUUAUUACGAAAUAUAUUUUAUAAAAAGAUAGCAAACGAAGACACAACAUGACUGAAAAAAUACCGCAUUAAAAAGGUUGUAAGGUAACGAAGCGAAACGCACUUUUCGGUAUUAUCAAAAUUGGAAACCCCAUUUUCAAGUAUAUGAGCUACUUAAUGUGAUUUUUUUCUUACAAAUUUAUCUUUUAGUAUUUAUUUGACAAACUAUUAAACCCGGAUCAUGCAUUUUUUCACUAAAUUUCUUCAGUACCUAUUCUAUCUAGCAUUGGAUUUUGAACAUUUUAAAACGAUACUUUAACUAUGUGAAAAAUUAACAUAACGGUUAAUUGGAAUGCUGAUAAUAUGGGUCUCUUCAGUAUUACUUUUAGUUUUAACCAUUUUCUGAAUGAUAAGAUUUUCUGAAAAUUUAUUUUCUAUAAAAUAUUGUAUUGAUCAAAUCAUGCAAAACUAAACAAUUUUUCUAUCUUUCCUUAUUGAAUUGUGUACGGCUCGUUAAACUUCUCGAAACACUCCUUUCCUUCGAAAGUGUGUCGUCAGUUGUGAGCAUUCCUCAUCAUUUUCUUGUUGUUCCGUUUUGCUGCUAAUCGCCCGAACUUCAAUUAUAUGCUGAAUGAUGGUGAUAUUUAAAGAGAAUGGAACAUUUUAACCGUUGAACAUUUGCUGAAUUUAUCCUUCGAUGUGCAAGAAUAUAAAUCCUAAAACCGAUGUUUGAAACGGAACGAAUAUAUUGAAGCUCAAAAUAAUUAAAAUACUGGAGAAAAGAGGGAGUACGAUGAUAGUUCUCAUAAAUAUGUGAAAUCUUAAAAUACCUAUUAUAUGAUAGUGUUACAAUGAUGUUAUAGAAGUAAAAUGUAUUGCAAAAAACCAACUUUUAACUCAUUACUGCACACAAAAAAACACAUGACACGCAUACACCUAUAUAUACGAAUAAAAGCGUAACUAAUAAAUAUCGGAAA